CACGCACGACACUGUCGGGAGGCGCGCCUGCCGGAAGUGAGCGCAGGGGCGAUUUUCGACCCAGCUUCACGGCCUCCCAAGAGUCAGAUGUGUAGUUCUAAGGGAAAGUGAGAGGGGAGCCCGUGGCGGCUCGUACGGGCGGGGAGGCUGUGCGCUUUCUCUCUUGGUCGGCAGCACGGUGCUUUCCGGCUGCCGUCAAGUGCGGCACUGGGCCGGAGGGCGGGGGCCGAGGGGCUGCCAUGGCGGCGGCGGGCCGGCUGCCGAGCUCCUGGGCGCUGCUGGCGCUGCUGCUUGGGGGGCUCGCACUGCUGGGAGUCGGGCCGGUCCCGGCGCGGGCGCUGCACAACGUCACAGCCGAGCUCUUUGGGGCCGAGGCCUGGGGCACCCUGGCGGCCUUCGGAGACCUCAACUCCGACAAGCAGACGGACCUCUUCGUGCUGCGGGAAAGAAAUGAUUUAAUCGUCUUUUUGGCAGACCAGAAUGCACCCUAUUUUAAACCCAAAGUAAAAGUAUCCUUGAAGAAUCACAGUGCAUUGAUAACAAGUGUAGUCCCAGGGGAUUAUGAUGGAGAUUCACAAAUGGAUGUCCUCCUCACGUAUCUUCCCAAAAAUCAUGCCAGCAGUGAAUUGGGAGCUGUUAUCUUCUGGGGACAAAAUCAAACAUUAGAUCCUAACAAUAUGACUGUACUCAAUAGGACUUUUCAAGAUGAACCACUAAUUAUGGACUUCAAUGGUGAUUUAAUUCCUGAUGUAUUUGGUGUUACAAAUGAAUCCAGCCAGCCACAGAUAUUAUUGGGAGGGAAUUUGUCAUGGCAUCCUGCGUUGACCACUAAAAGUAAAAUGCGAAUUCCACAUUCUCAUUCAUUUAUUGAUCUGACUGCAGAUUUUACAGCAGAUUUGUUCCUCACGACAUUGUCUGCCUCUAGUACUUUCCAGUUUGAGAUAUGGGAAAAUGUGGAUGGAAAUUUCUCUGUCAAUACUGUAUUUGAAAAACCUCAAAAUAUGGUGGUGAUUGGACAGUCAGCAUUUGCAGACUUUGAUGGAGAUGGACACAUGGAUCACUUACUGCCAGGCUGUGAAGAUAAAAACUGCCAGAAAAGCAUCAUUUACUUAGCAAGAUCUGGAACAAAGCAGUGGGUUCCAGUCCUACGGGAGUUCAGCAACAAGGGCACACUCUGGGGCUUUGUGCCAUUUGUGCAUGAACAACGACCAACAGAAAUACCAAUUCCAAUUACCCUUCAUAUUGGAGACUACAACAUGGAUGGCUAUCCAGAUGCUCUUGCCAUACUGAAGAAUACAUCCGGAAGCAAUCAACAGGCCUUUUUACUGGAGAAUGUUCCAUGUAAUAAUGCAAGCUGUGAAGGGGCACAUCGUAUGUUUAAAGUCUACUGGGAGCUGAUGGACCUAAAUCAAAUCAGAGAUGCCAUGGUUGCCACCUUCUUUGACAUUUAUGAAGAUGGAAUCUUGGACAUUGUAGUACUAAGUAAAGGAUAUACAAAGAAUGAUUUUUCCAUCCAUACACUAAAAAAUAACUUUGAAGCAGAUGCUUAUUUUGUUAAAGUCAUUGUUCUUAGUGGUCUGUGUUCUAAUGACUGUCCUCGUAAGAUAACACCCUUUGGAGUAAAUCAGCCUGGACCUUAUAUCAUGUAUACAACUGUAGAUGCAAAUGGAUAUCUGAAAAAUGGUUCAGCUGGACAACUCAGCCAGUCAGCACAUUUAGCUCUCCAACUACCAUACAAUGUACUUGGCUUAGGUCGAAGUGCAAAUUUUCUUGAUCAUCUUUAUGUUGGCAUUCCCCGUCCAUCCGGAGAGAAGUCUAUACGAAAACAAGAGUGGACUGCAAUCAUUCCAAAUUCCCAGCUAAUUGUUAUUCCAUAUCCUCACAAUGUUCCUCGAAGCUGGAGUGCCAAGCUGUACCUUACACCAAGUAACAUCGUCCUACUUACUGCUAUAGCUCUCAUCGGUGUCUGUGUUUUCAUCUUGGCAAUAAUUGGCAUUUUACAUUGGCAGGAAAAGAAAGCAGAUGAUAGAGAAAAACGACAAGAAGCCCAUCGGUUUCAUUUUGAUGCUAUGUGACUUGCCUUUAAUAUUAUGUAAUGGAACAGCUAUUCACUUGAUUAAUUGAAAUACUAAAUUUGGCUGAUAGAA